AUGCAAGAGCCGGGCUCGCACUCCCACCCUGCCAUGGCCUCAUCAGGAAAAGCUGCCAUUGCCCCCUCCUGCCUCUCCUCCGAGUGCUUCGACACCCUGACCAAGUCGUGCAUCAAGUGCUCCGACCUGUUCAAGGACAACACAACUCUCCCCCUCCUGACACUACCGGCAUCUCGCCCCGCAGCAGAGCCUACCCUGGCACCCACCCUGACCAGCACCUUCCUGAUCUUUGGGGUCCCACUGGUGGUGGGGCUCAUCCUGGUUCUGGCUGCCUUCUGUGGCUUCCUGGCCUGCAAGGUGGGAAAGCAGAGGAGAAAAAGGAAGGCAGCAGACGAAGAAGACAAAGAAAACAUAGACAACGCCAGCCCCCAGCCCUGCCAGGACCCUGCCAUGCCAGAGGGAGAUGGAGCCCUGAGCCCAGCCCCAUGCCUGCAUCUUGUUGGGAGCCUGAAGAUGCCGGGGCCACCCAGGAAAGCCAGGGCAAAGCAGAGGCCGUGCUGCCAGGGCGAUGCUGAUGGCGACAUUGUUCUGCUCUCUGCUGUGCACCCCCGGCCUGAGGAAUGCAACCACAGCUUCCCCCUGCCUGCCACUGAGCUGGGGGCCACAGCACUGGUCACCACCAAAACCACCCAGAACUGUGCCAGAGAGGAGAGAGUCUGA